AUGGCUUCGUCGACAGAAGGUCUUGUAGCCCCAGCAAAAUUCACUGCUAGCCUAGGGGCCGACAACGAACGUGAAUGGAAGUCUUUUAAGCAACGGUUCGAGAUUUAUUUACUUGCUUCUGAGAAGGACAAUAAACCUGAAGAGACUAAGGUGGCCCUACUUUUAAACAUUGGAGGAUGUUUUGGCAAGAAUGAACUUAUAGCAAGGUACAAGUUUCGAAGAUGUAUGCAGGAAACAAACGAAACAUUGGAAGCCUAUGUUACCAGAUGGAAAAUUCUUGUGAAGGACUGCAACUAUGGUAACCAACGAGACAAGCAGGUGAGGGACCAAGUGGUGUUUGGAUGUACUGAGGACAAAUUUCGUCAGAAGUUAUUUGAAGUUGAAGACCUUACCCUUGAGAAGACAUUGGAUUUGUGUGUGGCCUUUCAAGCAAGCAAAAGGCAGAUGGACGUCAUCAAGUCUACUCCUCGCCAGACCAAUGACAGUGUGGCCAAAGUGAGAGAAAAGCCUAGAAGGGAGAAGACUACUGGUAGCAGACACGACGCAGACCAUGAUGGUAGGCCUAUGCAUGAAAAUAAUGAAGGUAGUUUUAAGUCCAGUAGACCCAGUAUUCCUACAAAUAAGUUGCGCCCUUGCAAAUUCUGUGGGGAAAAACAUGAAUGGCGUAAGGAAAAAGUGUCCAGCUCAAUGCCUUGUGACACUACCCUAGAAGUGUGGACUUUAGACACAGUUAGACCUAAGGGAAAGUGCAGGUGCCAGGCUAAGGGUAUAAAACUUAAUAAGUCUAAGGCAGUAUUAAGAAAAUCUGAAAUCGCUUUCUUAGGUCAUAAAAUCACAAGUAAAGGUCUCAUGCCGGACCCUAAAAAGGUGGAAGCUAUCCUGAAUAUGAAACCACCUACUGAUGUAACUGGUGUUAAAGAGUUUACAGGUUGGCCAGAAGGAAAUGAUGAGAUACCUAAUGUAGUCAGAGCCUAUAGUCAUACUAAGGAUGAGUACUCAGUUCAAGACGGGCGGGUUAAUUUUAAGAGUAAUAGAAUAGUCAUUCCAUUAAACCUCAGACAUAAGAUAAUGCAGGUCAUUCAUUCAGCACAUAUAGGAAUUGAGGGCUGUCUACGGAGAGCCAGAGAAUGUAUCUACUGGCCAGGAAUGAACUCUGAUAUAAAGCAAUUCAUCUUAUCAUGUGAAAUUUGUAAUAAAUUCCCUUGUGCUCAACAAAAGGAAACUUUAAUUAAUCAUGAAAUUGCUGAUCGGCCAUGGCAAAAGGUUGGAGUUGAUCUAAUGAGUAUUGAAAAGCAUAAUUAUCUUAUAACUGUUGAUUACUUCAGCAAUUUUUGGGAAAUGGACCACCUAGAAAACACAUUAGCCAGUACAGUGAUUAGAAAACUUAGAUCUCAUUUUGCUAGGUAUGGAUUGCCCUGUGUAUUGAUUAGUGAUAAUGGACCCCAAUUUGUAAAUGAGAAUUUCAAACAGUUUGCAACUGAUUAUGAUUUCGAACAUAGGACAAGUAGCACUACACAUGCCCAAUCUAAUGGUAUGGUCGAAUCUGCAGUGAAAACAUCUAAACGUUUAUUUAGAAAAGCUGUUGAAAGUAAUAAAGAUCCCUAUCUAGCCAUUUUGGACCAUAGGAAUACUCCUACUAGUGAUAAAGACGCCAGCCCAUCACAGUAUAACCUAGGCCUGGGAAAAACGGAAAAGUUUGUUGUGGAACAAUUAGAUGAAAGGUCUUAUCUAAUUGAAAGUGAAGGCAAGCUAUUUAGAAGGAAUAGAGUUCAGUUGAAAGAAACCCCAAGUGAUGUGCAUAUGCCCAAGGCAUGCGGCAUCCUGCUGCGCCUUUAUCCACUGGUCAAGUGCUGGUCCAGUGUAACCGGCCUCCUUGCCCAAAGUUAUGAGGAUUCAGAGCUUCUCUAG